AAUACAUGGAAACAGGAAACGCAAGUAUUCCAGAGGAACGCCUGCUGGAACGUGCAGAACAUCAGUCUUGCAUUUUGUCCCCGGAAGUUCCUCCGUCUCCAAAGGCUAAAAGUGAAGCUGUGACUGGAGAAUUAUCAAAGCUCUUAGAUGAAAUCAAAUUGUGCCAAGAAAAGGAGUAUUCUUUUGAAGAUCUGUCUCAUACAAUAUCAGACCAUUUUCUGGACAAUUUUAGUAAAGUAUCAGAGGAAGAACUUAUGACCGGUGGAAGCCAAACCAAGCUUAAUGUAGUAAGUAAGAUGGGAUACAAAGACAAUAUAUUCAGUUAUAUCUGCUUUAUUUAUGGCACAUUCAAGAAAGAAAUAGUACAAGAGUGA